GGUCCGGCAGGUGCGCGCCAGGGCUACCCGGGAUCGAGACGCGCGGGCCUCUAUGUGCCGCCCGCCCCGGCUGGGCCGGGUGAAUCACGCCGCAGCCGGGGAAGGGGGCGGAGGCGCCGGCUCCCUGGCUCCGGCUGCGUGACUCACCCGCCCCCGCCGCCGCCGCAGCCGCUUCGGGAGGAGACGCCUCCACUGCCUUCCGGAAGUGAGCGGAGGCCAAGAGGGCAGAACAGCCCUCCGGGGAUCCCGGCCCUCAAGUUCCCGAGCGGCAGAUGAUGCUGAGCAAGGGCCUGAAGCGCAAGCGGGAGGAGGAGGAGGAGGAGAAGGAAGCCCUGGCAGUUGACGCCUGGUGGCUGGAACCUGGCCACCCAGCAGUGGCACAAGCACCCCCGGCUGUGGCCUCCAGUUCCCUCUUUGACCUUUCAGUGCUCAAGCUCCACCACAGCCUGCGGCAGAGUGAGCCAGACCUGCGGCACCUGGUGCUGGUAGUGAACACACUGCGGCGAAUCCAGGCAUCCAUGGCACCAGCAGCUGCCCUGCCGCCUGCGCCCAGCCCACCUACAGCCCCUGGCAUAGCUGAUAACCUGCUGGCCAGCUCGGACGCCGCCCUCUCAGCCUCCAUGGCCAGCCUCCUGGAGGACCUCAGCCAUAUUGAGGGCCUGAGCCAGGCCCCCCAACCCUUGGUAGACGAGGGGCCGCCAGGCCGCCCCAGUGGGGCAGCCCCACCCAGCCUGGGUGCCUUGGACCUGCUGGGACCAGCCACUGGCUGUCUGCUGGACGAUGGGCUUGAGGGCCUAUUCGAGGACAUUGACACCUCCAUGUAUGACAGUGAAUUUUGGGCACCAGUCUCUGAGGGCCACAAAUCCAGCCCUGAGGAUGGGCCAGGCAAGGAGGAAGCUCCAGAGCUGGAUGAGGCCGAGCUGGACUACCUCAUGGACGUGCUGGUGGGCACACAGGCACUGGAGCGGCCACCAGGGCCAGGGCGCUGACCCCCAGGGCUGGGAUGUUGAUCUUCUGUCCAAACUGAGCCUGAUGGCUGGAGCAACUCUCCUUGGAAAGACAUAGCUAGCUUCCCUAGAGAGGGGCUUUGGAGAGAAAGAAUCCAGUCCUGGGCAAUUUCACCUCCGACCUCUUGUCUCUGGCUGAUGGGGGCAGUCUGGGAUUGGCCCUCAUGAUGAAAUGACAGGGCCUGGUGGCUGGAAUGGGAUUGGACCAGGCCCAGUGCUGAAUCCCUGGGGGUCAUAGCCUGGUAUACACUUUUCCUGAUGUACGGAGAGACCCCAACCAGUUUUUGAAAUUAAAGCCAGUCCUGGGACGUCUCAA